UCUGUGACUGGGUAGGGAAAUACUCCCAACUCGACCGAGUAGAGAGCGUUUGCCACUUUGUGAACGAUCGUCGCGUUACCACUACGAAUUCAAAAAGGGGUUCUAACCUUUAAACAUCUUUGAUUUUUUUUUUUUGAAAUUACAAAAAAAAAUUUGUAUUGAGUUGAUAAAGCCAGUAGUGUUUAUUAUUGACGUACGUAAUGUAUUAAAAAAUGUCGUAUUAAUGACUCAUUACAAUUGUUAGUCGUGAAGUGAAUAAUUCGCGUUCGUUUCAUUGAUAAACGGUUAUUUGAAUCUGUCCAUUGGUCCAUUGGACAAACAAGUGGAUCAUGUACUCUAAUUGUGUAUGUGUUAAGUGAAUAAUCAAUGAUUGAAAAAAUAUUUACAACAAUUCUAGUGAACAGGUAUUGAUUGUAAUAAAAGAAAAUAUAUCACAUAAGUUAUCCUAUGUUGGUGAUAGAAGUGAUUGAUAUUGAUAUGCCUGAUAAUUGAAUGAUUGUUGUGAUAAAGACAAGUGUUGAUUGUAAAGAUAUAAUAUAUAUAUAUAUAUACAUAUAUAUAUAUAUAUAAAUUGUUCGUAAUCCAUGGAUCACGGAGCAAUGGACAGUUCCUCGGAUCACAGUUCACGUGCUAGUCCAGUAACUGGUAGUCCAAAGCAUCCUCACAGCCCGUCGGGACAGCACAACGUUAAUCAACAGCAUCACAGCACCCAUCAACCACCACCGUCGCAUCAAACUCAUCCCCGUGAUCAAUUACGUGAACAUCAAUUACAACAAAGAUCAGUACCAACACCAGGAUCACCAACUCGUGGCUCACCACCACAAGUAUUACCAUUGAGCCCACCACCAUUAUCUGGUGGUGGUCCAGGUGGUAUACCCGGUAUGGUACCAAGAAUGCCUGGUUUACCACCCCCAGAAUUACGAUUACUUGGACAAUUGGGUGGUAUGUUAUCAGCACAUCAUGGUGGUCCACUUGAUCUUAUGGCAGCAGCACAUCAUGGUAUGCCACCAAGAUCAUAUAAUUCACCACCACCAAUAAGUUCAAGUGAUCCAACAGCCAAUGAAUGUAAACUUGUUGAUUAUCGUGGACAAAAAGUUGCUGCAUUUAUUAUUGCUGGUGAUACAAUGCUGUGUUUACCACAGGCAUUUGAAUUAUUUUUGAAACAUCUUGUUGGUGGAUUACACACAGUUUAUACUAAACUCAAGAGACUUGAUAUUGUACCACUUGUUUGUAAUGUCGAACAAGUUAGAAUUUUGAGGGGUCUUGGGGCUAUACAACCAGGAGUUAAUCGUUGCAAAUUACUCAGCUGCAAGGACUUUGAUGUACUGUAUAGGGACUGCACAACAGCCAGCUCCAGGCCAGGAAGACCGCCAAAGCGUGCAUCAGUGGGACUGAGUCUAGCGGCAAGCCACUUGGCAGCAGCAGCUGGACAUCAUCCCCAUCCGCUCAAGAAACAUCGCUUGGACAAUGGUGAUUACUAUGAGAAUGGCCAUUUAGGCGUUCUUUAUUUUCCAGAUGUUUCGAGGAUGGAAAAAUCCCCCCUCCUUGCUAAUGGGUACAAUCAACCACCCACACAUCUCAGUCACAUGCAGUACAUGCAGAUGGGAGGACAUCCGGGCGCGGGACACACGGCCAUCCUCUCGCCCGCCAAUCUUCCGCAUCAUCUACAGGCACAGGUGCAAGCUCGGGUGGAGCAAGGGCUCAAGGUCAAUCCCAAUAUGGCGAAUAUGGAGGCACUGGCGAGAUCGGGAGUUUGGGAGAACUGUAGAGCUGCCUAUGAGGAUAUUGUGAAGCACCUUGAAAGGCUGAGGGAGGAAAGGGGGGAUUCCGAAAGAGCACUGGCGCUGGACCACAAACCGAGGGACCUCAGUUCGCACAAUGGUUCCUCGAACGGUCACAGUCCUGUCCUAAACCUAUCAAAAACAGCGGGAAGUGGAAGUGUCGGUGAACAAUCAGGUAGUGAGGGUGCAGCGUCGCAUCGUUCUCAGGACGACGAAGAGGAGGACGACAACCUGUCGGACGACCUCGAGGACGAGAACGAAAAGGACGAAGAUCUGUCGGAUGUACCCGAGAAUCUUCCACUACCGGCGCCCGGCUCAGAGAGCCCUCAGGCACUGAAUUAUUCACAGAUUGCCUCAGCAGCAGUUGCAGUAUCACAGGGUGGACAGGAUCCAUCAGUAUCGAGUACUGAAACAUUACUGAGGAAUAUUCAGGGCCUACUCAAAGUUGCUGCUGAUAAUGCACGACAACAGGAGCGCCAGAUUAACUACGAGAAAGCUGAACUCAAGAUGGACGUCCUACGAGAACGGGAGGUGAAGGACAGCCUGGAGCGACAACUGCAGGACGAGCAAAAGACAAGAGUUUUGUACCAAAAGCGGUUGAAGAAGGAGCGACGGGCGAGGAGACGUCUUCAGGAGCAACUUGACUUGGAAACCAAGAGGCGUACGCAGCUGGAGGAGGCACUGAAAGCGACGGGCGCUUCGUCUGAACAAGUCAGAGCGAUAGCUGAGAACGUGACAGCGGAGGCGCGUACAAAAUCAGAGCCAGUGGACGACAUACCAGCUCACUCCCAGUCCCAAACAUCACAACAAUCAUCCCAGCAACAAUCAUCCCAACAGUCCCACCAACCGCCCCAAUCCCAACAACAGGCCCAACAGUACCGGGAAUCCCAGGUGCCCCGUCCACCACAACAACCAACAACGCCCGACUCGAUAAAACCCGGCUGGGGCUAUGGCCUGGAUCUCAUCGGUGGUCAGGCUUCCGCCUUCUGGCAAAAUUACCAAGAAUCCCUCGCCCAGGAGCUCGAGCAGGAGAGGAAGUCGCGGCAGCACCAGGCAGCCGAGAGGGAUCAGGUCAAAUCACCCCUUCAAGAAUCCCGAACGGGUUAUUACAAGAACUCAGUGCUCUUCACGAGUGCAACCUAGAAGAGGCGUGCAGAGGACGCGCGGCCCUAGAGUCCGCCGUAAAAAGCCACAAAAAAAAAUCGACAAAAACAUUGUUCACCUUACGGAGUUGCAGUUGAAGGGUCCGAAGGAGAGUUCGGCACAUGGAAAUCAGUGUCUCCUACGA